AUGGCAGAGCCGCUCACCCAGAAGACCCUCGCGGAAGGCGCGCCACAAAAUGACCAAGGAUCUGAUCACGAUCCAAAUCAGGUGUCAGCGACCGGGCAAGGACAAGCCCAGCAAGAGACGGCCACGCACAAUGACCAGCCCUACACCGUGUUCAGAGAGAGGGAGAAGAUCGCGAUCAUCCUCACAGCCUCGUUUCUCGCUCUCGCUUCUCCACUGUCCUCGGCGGCUUAUUUCCCCGCCAUCAACACACUUUCAGCCGACCUCCACGUCUCGGUGUCGGUCAUGAACCUUACGGUCACGGCAUAUCAGAUCUUCCAAGGGCUGGCGCCGUCGUUCAUAGGGACAUUCUCCGACACCAAGGGAAGAAGGCCUGCAUAUCUCGCCUGCUUCAUCAUCUACCUUGCCGCGAACUGUGGAUUGGCAACUCAGAAAAGCUAUGCCGCAUUAUUCGUCCUGCGAUGUCUGCAGGCGUCGGGCAGUAGCGGGACGAUUGCGCUUGCCAGUGCGGCAGUGGCCGACGUCAGCACAAGAGCAGAGAGAGGGAAGUAUCUCGGCUAUGCGAGCAUGGGGGUCACGUUGGGCCCGGCGCUGGGACCGGUCAUUGGAGGAGCCAUCGACCAAGCACUGGGAUGGCGCUGGAUCUUUUGGUUCCUUGCCAUCUAUGGCGGGUUUCUGCUCCUCGUGGUCAUUCUGCUGUUCCCCGAGACAUGUCGUUCUGUGGUGGGCAAUGCCUCGGUACCGCCUCAGCGGUGGAACCGAACGGUGUACCAGAUGUAUCGUGUUGCACGGGACAAGAACGGCAGCCACGCAGGAGAAGAAAGAGAAAGAUGGAACGGCCACGAAAUCAAUCGCGGUUCCAUCAUGCCGCCCCGCUGGCGGCCUCGGCCGUGGAACGUGUUUCGAAUCGCACUGCAGAAGGAAGCCAGCAUCAUCCUCGUGUAUGGCGGCCUCAUAUACGCCGGAUACAUGAUGGUUCUCAGCACGCUGACCUCGGAGCUCCACAAGCGAUACGGUCUCGACAGCUUGCACAUCGGACUGUGCUACCUCCCAAUCGGCGUCGGCAGCCUGACCUCCCGGUGGACCGUCGGCACUCUCCUCGAUCGCAACUUCAAGAGACAUGCGCGUCAGCAGGGUAUGGCCAUCGUCGCCAACCGACAGCAGAACAUCGACAACUUCAACGUCGAGCGGGCCCGCCUGCAAAUCACACUCCCCUUUCUCAUGGGCAGCGCGUUGUUCUUGAUCGCAUACGGCUGGGUCAUGAACUUCAAAACCUCCAUCGCCGCGCCCGAGGUGUUAUUGUUCUUCGUGGGCCACUUCACCACUGGCACCAACACCUCGCUGAACACGCUGAUUGUCGACACGAACCGCGAGAGCCCUGCCACCGCCACCGCGUCAAGUAAUCUGUUUCGCUGUCUGCUGGGGGCGGGCUCGGUGGCUGUAGGCACUCCGCUGAUCCAGCGCAUUGGUAUCGGAUGGACAGGCACCUUCGUUGCCGGCGUGUAUUUGAUCGGCUCCCCAGCAUUACUCCUGCUCUACAUGUAUGGCAUGGGCUGGAGGAAAGAACUCAAGGACCGUGAAAGACGGAAGGAAGAGGCCAAAGUGAAAUGUUAG